AUGGACCCGAUUCAAGAAGCGAUUGCAGAAAUCGAAUCGCGAGAACCAGGAGAUAAAUUCUCGUACCAAGCAAUCGCGAAAAAGCAUGGUGUAGCACGAAUGACGUUGAUGAGACGACACCGCGGCGAAACUGAGGCCUAUGGCGUGCGCAACCUCUCCCUCCAUCCACAACACGAGAAGGAGCUUGUACGAUACAUCGAUACGCUUACCGAACGACGUUUGCCACCUACGAAGGAAAUGAUACAACGCUUUGCUUCAGAUUUGGCUGGAAAGCCGGUUUCAGAAAGCUGGGUUGACCGGUUCAUCCGCCGGCACCCCAACCAUCUCAUCUCUGCCCACAGCAAGGGGAUGAGCAAACUUCGUUGCAACGCCGAUUCAGGAGCCAAGUACAGCUUGUAUUUCAAGCUUCUGGUUGAAAAGAUAGAGGAGUACAACGUCCAACCCUCCCAUAUAUUCAAUAUAGACGAAAAGGGGUUUCAACUUAGAAGGAUUAGCAGAACAAAGCGUAUCUUCUCCAAGGCACGUUGGGAUAAAAAGGGGGUACGCCAACCGCUUAAGGAUGGCUCAAGUGAGUGGAUCACCGUUGUGGCGUGUAUUUGUUCGGAUGGGAGCGUAUUAAGUCCUUCUCUCAUCUUCAAGGCAGCCAACGGAGCUAUACAAACAAGCUGGGUUGAUGCUGUACGAGCAGGAAACCACUCAGUA